CCCAUUUCCCAGUUUAGAAAUGGUGUCCAGGCAAGGGCUCAGACUCUCUGUGUCCUCCAUGCUGGUGACAGAAGGAAGACGCUGAGGUGUUCCAGUGACCAGUGAGGACCAUGCUCCCUUGGGGAUUGGUGUUUCUUUGGCUUGUGGCCAGAGAGAGGAUCACAAGCUUGAAUGAGGCAGGCUGUUCCACAAAAAAACUCCUUUGGACAUAUUCCCCAGGAAAGGAAGAAGAAUUUGUCUUAUUUUGUGAUUUCCCAGAGCCACGGAGAAACCAUUUCUCCCACAAAAGUCCACACAGCCCAACACCGAGCCCUGGAUCCCUGCCCUGCAGUGGUAGUGAGGACCUCACUGAUGUCCAGUGGUACCGACAGCGUGGGGACCAGGGUCCAGUGGAGGAGAUUGCUGGUGGCCACCUUCACAUGGCUCAGAAUAAGAACACACUUCGCUUCAGUGCCCCAGAGAUGACAGAGGCUGGCACAUACAUCUGUAAACCCAGGAUCAGGACCCUUUACUCUUCUAGGAGUGCCCAGGAUGGGGCUUGCUGUGCCAAGAUAGUCCUGGAGGUGAGGCCACAGACAGCAGCACCUUGCAGCACCUCUGCACCCCAUAAGCAAUACCUGAUUCUCGGGACUGUUGGCUCCAUUCACUGUCCCCGUCUCAGCUGCCAAGGGGAUGCACACAGGCCAGAGGUGACCUGGUACCAGAAUGGAAGAGUCCUCUCUGAGGAAAAGAGCAACUCGAUCUUAUUGGAUGACAUUUACGACUACCACCAGGGCAUGUACGUGUGUGACUACGCUCUGUCCUCAAACUCAAGUUCCUGGACAGCCAGAGCCGUGGUUCAAGUGAGAACCAUCGUGGCUGAUACUAAGUUCAAACCAGACAUUGUGUAUCCUAUCAAGGAGAUCCUGGAAGUAGAACUUGGAAAACCUUUAACUCUUCACUGCACAGUGCGAUUUGGCUUCCAGAGGGACUUUAAUCCUGUGAUAAGGUGGUACAUCAAAGACACUGACUGGGAAUGGGAAUUGCCAAUAUUUCAGGAAAAAAGUAUUAAAUCCACUUUGGAGGAAGAAGUCAUUGAAUAUGCUGUCCUCUUGAAAGAAGUCACACAGAGCGAUUUGGGGCGGAAGUUUGUGUGCUUUGCCCAGAACUCCAUUGGGAACACAACCCAGACCAUCCGACUGAAGGAGAAGCAAGGAGUGGUGUUCCUGUACAUCCUGCUUGGCACUGCCUUGACGCUAGUGGGUGUGCUGGUGGUGGGUGUCCUCGUCUACACCUACUGGAUCGAAAUCCUGCUGUUGUGCCGGACCUACAAGAGCAAGGAUGAGACCCUCAGAGAUAAAAAGGAAUUUGAUGCUUUCGUGUCCUAUGCAAAAUGGAGCUCUCUGGGGAUCGAGGACCCUUCACCUCUCAGUGAGGAACACUUGGCCCUGAGUCUGUUUCCAGAGGUCUUGGAAAACAAAUAUGGAUUUACUUUAUGUUUGCUUGAGAGAGAUGUGGCCCCCGGGGGAGUGUAUGCAGAAGACAUUGUGAGCAUCAUUAAGAAAAGCAGAAGAGGAAUAUUUAUCUUGAGCCCCAACUAUAUUAAUGGCCCCAGAGUCUUUGAACUUCAAGCAGCUGUGAAUCUGGCCUUGAACGACCAAAUGCUGAAACUCAUUUUAAUUAAAUUCUGUUCCUUCCAAGAACCAGAAUCUCUACCUCAUCUUGUGAAAAAAGCUCUCAGGGUUUUGCCAACUGUCACCUGGAGAGGCCUAAAAUCAGUUCAUCCCAAUUCGAGGUUCUGGACCCAGGUGUGCUACUACAUGCCUGUGAAGGGCUCAUGAUGAUUCCCAUGGAACCAGCUCAGGACCAUCCCAAGGGGUUUCUCUCCAGAAGGUACUCAGUGGAUCAGAACUGCUGGGAGGAGCCCCCAGCCUGGGGAACAGGACAACUGGAAGCCUCCCUCUCUGCCCCAGGAGGAGGGGAGAGGCUGACUGGGUGAUUGCACUGCAUGGAGGGGCUCAUGGCAAACAGCUUCCUCCUGCCACCCCACGCUAGCAGGCUGGGUAGCCCCUGUAAAGUGCCAAAGCUGCUGCAGAGAGCUGCUGAUUUCCUGGACUGGGUGAGGAAAGCGACUCUCUGGACCACUCCACAUAUUCAGUGCACUGCACCCCAAGAUUGUCCAAGGAGCCUGGGCUAAGUCAGCAGGAACUCCAGCUCCUGCCUUGGCCGUGGAGCCUAGCGUGACAGAGCUGUGUUUUCAGGGCUGUGGCCAUUGGCGUUACAUAAAUGUUACUUUAAGCAUUAUAUUAUUUAAACAUUUAUUAGUGCAUGUUUGCACGACACGAUCUUUACAUUCCCCAUGUGGCAUUCGUGCAUCUAUACAACACAUCUUCAUUCCUUUUUAGCUGCCCCCCCAACUCCUGGUCCUGUGCUCAUUUGUGAGAGAGUAUAUCAUUUGAUAUACUAUUAUCUAUCUUUUAUUUUUCCCUUUAUUUAUACUUUGGUUUCUUAUAUAAAAGAAACCAUGUGAUACUUAAGGC